AAUAUUUAGUUAAUAUAGGUAAAGUGAUACCAGGGAAUAGUUGAAGAGGCCAAAAAACCCUAAUUUUCUGUUUUCCCGAUUUUGAGAGCCAAAACCCUAGAUUGAUUUGAUCCGUUUCCCCUGCUCUCUCUUCGUGCCUCUCUCUCUCUCUCUCUCUCCCUCUCAUGGCGGCGCCGGAGAUCACCGUUCCUUCACCGCCCACCUCCAUCACGUCCCGAGUCAGCCCAGAAACAGUCCAGAGGGCCGCAGCCGCCCUCCUCAAGUGGAGACUCUCCAAAUCCAAGACCCAAAAGCCUCAGCUCCUAGACCCAGCCGACGAAGAAUUCAUCUACCUAAUCCUAACCCUAAAAAAAAUCCCCACGAAGCCCCGCACCAACGCCCACCGCAUCCCCCUCCCCCACCCCCUCUUCUCCCCCGACACCUCCUCCUCACUCUGCCUCAUCGUCGACGACCGGCCCAACUCCAAGCUGACCUCGGAAGCCGCCAAGAAAAAACUCACUGAGGAAGGCAUACCGGUCGAUAAGGUCAUUAGGUUGUCGAAGUUGAAAUCCGAUUACAAACCCUAUGAGGCGAAAAGAAAGCUGUGCAAUUCGUAUGACUUGUUUUUCGCUGAUAAGCGCGUGAUUCCGUUGCUCCCUAGGCUGUUGGGGAAGCAGUUUUUCAAGAAGAAGAAGAUUCCGUUGCCGGUGGACUUGACUCAUAACAACUGGAAGGAGCAGAUUGAGAGGGCGUGUAGCUCGGGGCUGUUUUACUUGAGGACGGGGAGUUGUUGUGUGGUUAGGGUUGGGAAGGUGGCCAUGGGGGCGGGAGAGAUCACGGAGAAUGUGGUGGCGGCGAUUGAGGGGGUGGUGGAGGUUGUGCCGAAGAAGUGGGGCGGUGUGAGGUCGUUUCAUUUGAAGUUGGCGGAGUCGUUGGCAUUGCCAGUAUAUCAGGCGAUUCCGGAUACCAAGUUGAAGAUUGAAGGGGUGAAGGGAUUGGUUGAAGAGGGGAAAGGGGAGGUUGUUAAGGGGGUUGAGAAAUUGGGUAGGGAAGAUGGCGGGGCGAAGAAGACGGUGACAAAGAAGAAGGGGAGGAUUCAUGAAGUGAGGUAUAUGGAUGAGGAAUUGGGUGUUGAAGAUGAAGAUGAAGAUGAGUUUUUGGAUGAUGUGGAAGGUGUUGAGGGGGAGAUGAGUGAGGAUGAUGAUGCGGGUGGUUCUGAUUUUGGGGGUAAGAAGAGGAAGAAGAAGAUGGAAGAUUUAGUGAUUGGAGAGAAAAGAUUGAAGAAGUCUGCUUCUAAGGAGAAGAGUGAGUAUGAUGAUGUAGGUGGUUCGGAUUUUGGGGGUGUGAAGAGGAAGAAGGGAGAUUCAGUGAUUGGAGAGAAAAGGUUGAAGAAAUCUGCUUCUAAGGCAGAUAAGGGAGGAGAAUCUGGUGAGAAGGAAGAAAAGAAGAAGGGUAGAGUUGGGAAGUUAAAGGAUGGGCCAAGCAAGGUCAAGUACAAGAAAGAUAAGAAAAACUAGUGACCGGGUGAUUCAUUUCGCAUGCUCUCUGUCACUGGAAGCCGAUUUUAGUGAGAUUGUGUUUGAAUUUUGGUAGUUUAAUCUAUUUUCCAGUUUGGUUCAUUGUUAGUAGUAACUUGCGAGAGUUCACAUUUGCUGAUCAAGUUGUUUUGGUAUCAUGAUUUGGGAUGAACCUGUGGAACUUAGUUCCUUCAUCUUGAGUUUGUGCUUUUCUGUAUUCUUCAAUUUAGUGUUCAACUUAAUGCUUCAGCUAAGCCCGUGGAGGGAUAAUUCAAUUUCCCCAAAUAUUGUUUGAAAUUUUGACGUAUCAAUAUCCACUUUUGCUUAUUGGGUGUAAAA